GAUGAUCUCCUGUUUACAAAUAGUUAGUGCAAUAUGAGCUGCCUUUACAAAGAGUUAUGGUUCAAGUUCUGAUUUAUAAUUUAGUAAGCGAACAAACUUAACUAAAAAAAAAGUUCAAAGUGAAAUAAAGACUUGGACACUUUUCAGAAGUCGGAUAAAAUAUAGUUUUCGUUGUAUGGUAAUCGGUGUUUGAUAGUUCGUGUGUCGACGAUCGAUAUAUGUUAAAUACGUGAAGGUUUUUUGAUAUUUGUGUAAAUAUUUUUUGAAUGUGUGUAUUUUGGCGGGAAAGUGGUGUCAUCUAAGGGCAAACACUUGAAGUAUACCGAACGAGAAAGAGAAGAACUGGUUAACUGGAGUUUGCCUCCCCAAUCAACUGUCUGUUUAGAACGUCGCCAUUCGAUGGCAUUAUAUUUAUUAUAAAAAUGAGUGUUAAAACUAUGUGCGAGUGAUAAAUUUGGGUAAACAUGUAACCACUAGCCAUGUACCGAACUCCUUUGUAGCUGUGCACAAGCCAUAGACUCGCAUUCGGAUGGAAUCGUUCGUCAAGCAUUCACAAACAAAUCCAUACACUUCGAUAAUGCAUUCAUCAAGUAAUCAUAUUUACAAGAAGAAAAAGUGUAUAAAUCAGUGCAAAAAGAGUUAAAACCGUCAGUGAGUGGCCAAAAAUGAUAUUUGUUGAUUAUUUUUUCAUUUAUUUCUCUAUGUCAAAUGUCAUCUAAAAUGGUGUUGACAGUUAUGUCACUUGCAGUGCUUUUCCUGCAAAAAAGAACGUCUAUUUUGUUUAAAGUGAUCAUGUAAACAGUGCAUUACGUUAUUUAAGAUUUCGAAGAUAAUAUUUGUUAUUUGUUGAAAGCCCUGUACAAGUGUUAGGUUAGGUUAAGCGUUGUCUACACCAGAAACAUUGCUUCGCCACUGUGCAUUAAUAUAGUAAUAACCUAAUUGCAGAAUUCUUUAAAAUGGUAUUUGGCUGAGGAUUAAACUAAUCUGUGAUGGAUCGGGAAAUUCCGAGUGUACCCAUCACCACUCUGGCGGGGGUGGCAAGUCUUACAGACCUGCUGCCCGAGAUGCCACUACCCACCCCUUCCCCUCAAACUCUGAGCAACAAAUCUCUGCUAUUCCACCCCCGAGUGGCAGAAGAAGCACAAAAUUUGCUUGGAGUCCGGGACGAAGUUCUAGUUCCACAGUUAGUACAAUCGCUAGUACAAACUUCAGCGGAACACAUAGAAGUCAAAGAUAACUAUGCCGGUACUGAAACGAAGGUUGACCAACAAGAAAGCAUGCCCGUCUUGCUGCGGGCCAUGCUAGAACGCAACCCUAACAUGUUCAGCGGCACCGCGACUGUACCUACGCCGUCUGCGCACCUUUGGAAUCAUAUAGGUCAACCAACGAUGCAAGUAAAGGAAGCGGCGGCUAGCCAUCAUCAUCCCCCGCCACAGGAGAGCCCCAUUUCGCCGGCACCACCACGACAACCGAACAGGCCUUCCGUUAUCACCGAACAAAAAUCAACCCCCGCUGUUGUUAAUUGCAAUAAUACCCACAUAUCUAACAAUGCGGUUCUGAAUGAACAGCCGGAGGAGCCCCAUCCCAAAGAACCAGGAACUGCUGAACAACUCAGGCAAAUGAGGAAGCCCCCUAAAGUUGUGGUUGCAGGGCCGUCGCCAAACCGGGCAAACGAGGCGGCGCCUCCCGCGCCCCCUCCGCCUCCUCCGCCCCCUAAACCCCAAGAGCCCGACAGUUCUAACUCUCAAACUUGUCAAAAAAGUUCCGAGAUAUCUCCGUCACAAAUUGAAGCAACACCAGAAGAGAAACCCGAAAUAAGAGUGGCUGUGUCAGAAACAAGUUCAGAACCUGAGAAUUCUCAACAGACUUUAAUAAAACAACCAAUCGUGAAACUGGACCGACUAUCGGUCGAAGAUCAGUUACUAAUGCAAAGAAGUUUAGCUAAAUUCGUUGAGACGAGACCCAAACUGGCGAAAGAAUUGGGUAUCGUUCUCACAAAGAGCGAGAAAGAUGGAGAAUCUGGGUCUGAAUCGAACGAAGAAGACGAGUCUGAAAGGCCGAAACGAAAGAAGGAAAAGAAGAAGAGCAACGAAAGUGACGACGAUUUUGUUCCUGAUACGUUUUCAGCGCUAGUUGGUAGUAAUAGGAAGAGGAAAGUCGUACAGAAGGAGGAGAAAGCUGAACCUAUUGUGAUUAAACCGAAAUUGAGGAGAGUUGAGAAGAAGUUCGUCCCGGUUUUGGAGAAAUUGUCGCAGGAAGAGCUGAUGGAGACCAAUACAUAUUUGAGGUUUAAUAGGUCGAUUGAGCACGUGCUCAAAUCUGCCGAAGAGAUUGACGUCAAUGAGAUUGCGGAUGACGGGAUCAUACAAGAAGAGUAUCUUCUAAGUAGAAUCGUGAUGCAAGAACUGUGUACUGAAGCUGCGAAAUUAAAAAUAUUAGGCGCUAUGGAAAUGAUUCCAACGGAUAAAUUAGUUAGGUUGUUAAAUGUUCUAGAACUUAAUAUAAGAGGCGGAGACAGGGUGUCACCAAUAACUGACGAGGACAACGAAAGUAUUCGUCAGUUGUGGCUUGAAACAACAAUGGAGCGGGUAAUGGGGGCUGCAGAUGCGUGUCUUAUCUGCCUCUACAUUAUGACGUCCUCAAACAUGCCUAAAAGAGUCUACUUGGAAGAAGUGAUCGACAGAGUGGUCCUUUUCAUUAAAUACCAUCUACGCAACACGAUUUUCCCAUCUUUUGAUUCUACAUAUAGGUUAGAUAACAAAAAGAAGGAUGGACGAAGGAAGAAAUCAACACCAGUUUCUGAAAAGAGUAUUCUAGUUUUAUAUACGAAAAUCUCCGAAUUAGUUAAUUUGUUAGCUGAAUUGUUAAACAUACAAGUACUGACGGAUACAUCAGUUCUACAUGCGUCGUCAAUGGGCGUGUCACCAUUUUUCGCAGAAAACGUCAGCGAACUCCAACUGGCUUGCCUCAAACUCGUCACAACGAUUUUCACGCGUUAUGAAACACAUCGAAGACUAUUGUUAGACGAUAUCUUGGCUUCUAUCGCUCGUCUUCCCAGUACGAAACGUAGUUUACGAACAUAUAGGUUAAAUAGCGAAGAACACAUCCAAAUGUUAACCGCUUUGGUUCUACAAUUAAUUCAGUGUGUCGUAGCUUUACCCGAUAACCUUUCGAAUAAAAAUUUUCACGAUGGAACGCAGAGCGAAAAUGUGAAAGUCGUUGAUAAAGACGUCCUGAUAUGUAGCAAAUACGAUAAAGCGUUGAACACAGCCACUACUUUUCUUGGGGUGUUUUUAAAUAAGUGCGGUAGCAAAUCAGAAGAUAUUGACUACCGACCGUUAUUUGAAAAUUUCGUCCAAGAUUUACUAUCAACUGUGAAUAAACCCGAAUGGCCUGCGACUGAAGUUCUUUUAAGUCUUUUGGGAAGAAUGCUGGUUCACACUUUCUCAAACAAGGGUACUGAUAUGUCUUUACGUGUAGCCAGUUUGGAUUAUCUAGGUGUCGUGGCCGCGAGACUCCGACGUGAUAGUGUCCUGUCAAGAUGUAAAUUAGACACCAUUGAUCAAAUGAUUAAAGAUAUCAAAUCCGAAGAAAUGAAAGACAGUGACGACCACAGUAAGAAAAAACACCUCGCGACGAACACAGAAGAAGAACGAACGCAGUUUCUUCAGCGCGUUCUUCUAGAUUUCUUAGCUGUGAAUGCCCAGAACGACGAAGCGUACAAAUACGCAAGGCAUUUUUAUAUCGCGCAGUGGUACAAAGAUGCCGUUGUUGAAAAAUCACAAUUGGCCUCAGGUGCUAAAGAUAACAAAAAAUACUCCAGAGAUAACCAUAGGUCGAAGCGGCACGAACGAGGUAGUGACGAAGGGUCAGAUAACGAAAACGAGAAAAAGGAUCAAGAACAAGAUCACGCGGACAAGUUCAACGCAAUAGAAGAUAAGAAGAAGUUUCUCAUUCAGAGGAUUCGGCCGUUUCAAGAGACGAUCUCGUCUGGAAAUCGAGUGCAGAUUUUUCAGACGUACAUCGACUACAACAGCGCCGAAUUAAUCGCACAAUAUUUAGCGUCGAAGAGGUACUUCUCACAAAGUUUUGACUUGUACUUGAAAGCGAUUCUUAUCGUUCUGAAGGAGACUUCAAUAGCGAUAAGAACCAAAGCCAUGAAGUGCUUAACUAUGAUAGUGGAAGCUGAUCCGUCGGUUUUGGGUCGACAUGAUAUGCAAAUGGGUGUCAACCAUUCCUUUCUGGAUCAUUCCACGUCAGUAAGGGAGGCAGCGGUUGAUCUAGUCGGAAAAUUCGUUUUGAGCCGUCCUGAGUUGAUCGAUAAGUAUUACGAGAUGCUUUCAAAUCGAAUAUUAGAUACUGGAGUUAGCGUGCGUAAACGAGUUAUCAAAAUACUUAAAGAUAUAUGUAUAGAAUGUCCCGAAUUUUCGAAAAUACCCGAGAUUUGUGUCAAAAUGAUACGAAGAGUGAACGACGAAGAGGGCAUACGCAAGCUAGUGAUGGAAGUUUUUCAAAAUAUGUGGUUCACACCUACCAAAGACACGUCGUUGUUGCGAAAAGUGAUGAAUAUCACCGACGUUGUUGCGUCAUCGAAAGAUAUAGGAUUGGAAUGGUUCGAGCAGCUUCUACUUAGCUUGUUCAAGCCAAAAGAAGACAAAGACGAUUCGACCAAAGUUCAAACUGAGCCGCCAAAAGCACUGCUUCUGGCGUGUAGGCAGAUCGUCGAUUGUUUGAUAGAAAACGUACUGCGAUUGGAAGAAACCAACGAUGGCUCUGGGUCAUCCCAGCGCUUAGUUGCUUGUUUGACGACUCUGUAUUUAUUUGCCAAAAUUAGGCCUCAGUUACUUGUCAAGCAUGCAAGUACACUUCAGCCAUAUCUGGGUCUGAAAUGUCAGUCCAAUGGUGACAUACAGAUCAUCAGUAGCGUCGCAAAAAUGCUGGAACUUGUAGUACCACUGAUGGAUCAUCCAAGCGAUUCGUUUUUGGCGCAGUUGGAAGAAGAUGCGAUGAAAUUAGUACUACAAGCGGACAGACCCAUCGUCAGCAGUUGCUUGUCGUGUUUAGGCUCCAUUAUCAAUAAAGUCACACGGAAUUUUCAACUAAUUAGGGAUUGUUUUAAACGCUACAAUGAUUACAUGAUACGUUUCAAAGGAUGGUUGGAAACCGAAAACGUCAAAUUUAUCAGCAAUACGAAAUAUAGGCAAUAUUUUCGAAGGGCGCUGUUUUGUAUUGGGUUGCUGUUGAGGUACUUCGAUUUCAAAGAUCCCGACGUCAUUGGUGAUCUUCCGUUGGAUAUCAAAGAUCAGGUUUAUCAGUCCAUGAUGUACUUUUUGCAAAGGGACGAUUUCGAUAUUCAAGCUAACACGUUAAAAGCUGUGGGUUGUAUUUGCAUCCGACAUUAUGAAUUUAUGUUGGAAAAGGAACUGAAAACUUUCUAUCACAAGUUGUUGACGUCUGAUGAAGCUCCUCUUAAAAUGAAGGCGGAGGUUCUUAUCAAUAUCGAGAACUAUUUGGUUGAAGAGGAGAACCGGAUGAUCCAGCAAGAUUUAGAAUGGUCCAAGCGCUCCAAAGAAGAGAAUUUAAAAGAAAUGGGUGAUGUCAGUUCUGGAAUGGCGAGCACGGUUAUUCAGUUGUAUUUGAAAGAGAUUUUGCAGUCGUAUCUUCAUAGCGAUUUAACAGUUCGUCAGGCGGCUUUGAGAGUCAUACAACUCGUACUGCAACAAGGUUUAGUACAUCCAGUACAAAUCGUUCCGUACUUGAUUUGUAUGAGUACUGACUGCGAAAAACUCGUGUCUCACAGCGCCGAUAAACAGCUUCUAGAAAUCGAAAAGAAAUAUCCAGGCUUUAUCCACACGAAGUCUUCUCUAGGAAUCAUGUUAUCUUAUCAGUUGCAAAAAAUCCUACAAGGGGAGGUUAUCGUGAGAGGAUCACGUGUACGAGAAGCUGGCGAAUAUCCUUCGUCGCUAAAUGGAUACUUAUAUUCGAUACUUCGCAAUUCUAGACAACAAAGACGUGCCUUAAUCUUAAAUAUUUUAAAACAAUUUGAUGAACAAGUGCGCACUAGUUUAUCGUAUAUGUUAUACUUGGCUGACAAUUUGGCGUAUUUUCCUUACAUGGUUCAAGACGAGCCGCUUUUCAUUGUUCAUCACAUUGAUAUUAUGAUCUCAGUAUCUGGAACGAAUCUGCUUCAAUCAUUUAGAGAGAGAAUGGCCCUCGAAUCGGGAACCGAUAAUGUAACCAACGUGGUCUCAGCGCUGGAUGAAGACGACGACGACGAAGAUGUCUUGGUUAGCAGAGUACCUGAAGAUACGAGACAGCUGCAAGCUUAUCUUACCACCGCACAGGGUUGUCUGCUUUUGCUCAUGUUGAAGCAACAUUUGAAAGAUAUUUAUGGCCUUAGUGACAGCAAAAUUCAACAAUAUUCCCCAUCAGAAGCUGCCAAAGUUUACGAGAAAAAUGCUUCGCGACGCAUUAACGCAUUAUUUAAUCCUAAAGGUACUUUACAGAAGUUGAAGGAGGGCACUCCUCCAGAGUAUUUGGAUGAAGAGGGACGAAGGGAUCUCAUUCGACAGUAUCUGGACUUCAAGCAGCUGAUGCUGAAGCUGGAUCCGGACGAUCCGGACGACGAGGAGAGUUCGAAGGUGUUGACGGCUUUGGGUUCUGGCAACGUGGCUGGUACGAACCAGUCGUCGGGUGGUGCGUCAUCAAUUUUGACCGAGGCCGAUCAAGUGGCUCUGGAAAAUUAUAAGGAUACAUCCCCGCCAAAAGUGCCCAAACUGGUGAUUUCGAGUCGCAGGUUGGACAGUGAUACAAAACGUACGCCACGUUCUCAAAGAACGUCCGAAAAACUUAAAAAGCACAGACACAAAAAGAAACGGCGAAAGUUCGUUAGUUCAUCGGGUGAUGAAAGUGAAAAUGACUACAGUGACCCGGAUUUUUUGGCCUAGCUAUGCUAUAUAAACAGUGCAGUGUACAGUGGUGUUAUCUGCAGCGAAUUAAAUUCAAUAAUUAUUAAAGUUUUUAUAAACAUUAGCAUUUCAAUUACGAAGAAAGUUUUUUAUUAGUAGUAUGCACUCCAUUGACAUAGUGUGUCGGACAUUUAGAUUCUUUUCAUCAGAUGUGGUGUUUUUGUUCUUACAGAUGGUUUGCAGAGUUCGUCACAUCUGUUAUUAUAAAUAUGAUAGAGCUGUAUAUUGAAUGUGAAGAUCUUUGUAAAAAUUUUGUAUAGUUUGUUUAUACAUUUACUAUCGACAGAAAUCAGGGGAUUCAAGAAGAUCCGUUAAGUGAGCUUCCACUCUGUGUGUAAAAGUGACAUUAUUUCACAUAGUGUUGUUUUUACAACUUUAUUUUCUAAAUUUCACCCAAUGACGUAUUAACCGUCGUCUAGUUAAUAAGUGGUUGUGUCAAAUUUAGCCAAGCGAGCAAUCAAAAGUUCUUAGUUUUGCGUUUCAUUAGUUGUAUUUAUUAUUUUCAUUCGAAUAUUCGUCCUAAGCGUUUGAUCGCUGCGAGUGGCUGGAAGUAAGUUAAGACUUCUUUGUGUGCAAUGCUGGUUUUGAUCUUAACUUCAGUGGUACAAAUUCUGUAGAUAUAAUUUCGUGCAUCAUUGUAUUGUUAUGUCAAGGAAAGCUCAUUUUCUGGAUAUUCCACGUUGCACAGGCAAGUAGAUAGACUCACUCCUUGUCUGUUGAACAUUGAUUUAGAAUAAAAGGAGAUAGAACUAGCAGCUUUUGUACUUUAGACUUGUAAAUUAGUCUGUCGUUUUCAUUUCAUCGCGAUAGAGUUGAGAAACGCCACUCAUUAUUUAUUUAAUUUUAGAUGCGAAAAGAAAGCUGUCGCUUUCAAUUUGUGAAUAAUUAUCAUUUUUAAAGUGUUAUUUUUAUACAAAGUACCAUUAAUUUUAAAUUAUGUACCUAAAAGAAAAAAUUUUUCAAGCUGGUCUAUUCAGUUAGGUGUAAAUUUGUUCACUUGUUUUUUUCGUUACUUGACAUUAAUUAACAGAUUCGGUUUUUGCCCUCUUUUGUUCUAGUUACAUUUUGUUACAUAAGUAGCCUGUUUUAAAUUUAGGUCGUUAGAAUUCACUAAUAUGUCUACAGUAUUAAUUAUAAUUUAUUGAUUGGAUGCUUUAAAUAAUUUAAUGUAAUUAGUGAUUGUAUAUGUGACAAAACCAAUAGUCAUAACGCUGUCUGCAACUAAGUUACGACGGUAAAUCAGACUGAGAUACUUCUAGUGCACGAAAUUCUAGUUCUUUCAAGGUGUUGUUUUUCAUUUUAAUAUUUUAAUCCAUUGUUUUAACCAUUGUCAAUACAGUAAUGUAUAUAGUUCUACGUGAAAGUGAUUGUAUAUAAAGAUCCUUUUAAUCUAUCGAAACUAUUGUUUUAAUAUCGUUUUGAAAAACACACCUCUUAUGUUAUUUAAGGGAUCAACCAGACUAAAUUUUUAGCAGGUUAUUUAUAGCAAGUAAUUUAUGAUUAACCUUAGUUGUGAAUUGUUAGUGAUUGUGUAUGUCCUAUAUAAUGACUGUUUGUUUUUGGCCAAACCUUUUAUUUUGUAAAUAAACAUUUGACCAAUUAUCAAACACGACUUAUUCAGGGUUUUCUAUAUUAUAGACCUUUCCAUUUGUAACUAAAUAAAUUUAUAUUUGUAACUUUUUUAUUUUAUUUUAUUGUAGUUAGCUCACACAAUCGCGAUUCUACGUUUUCGCCUGUGAUUUGUCAUCAGUACUUGGACCCCUAUUUUAGGCAGAAAAACAGCCAUCACGAAGUAUCAAUUUCAGAAGUAUGUUUUGUGUUUCCAGUUGUCACAUUUUUUAUAAUAAAUAAUAUUUUUAAAGUA